CUCAUCUCACCUCUGUGGAACUCUGCUAUCUGCCUUCUCCCUUUGACAGCUUGAGAAGUGAUCCGUUGUCCUAGCGUGGAAGAAAUCAUCUCAACCUCUCGCCUUGGCAUACAGGGGUACCGUCGCAUUUAAUUGCAAAUGGAACGCCGAUCUACUAUCACACCAUGGGACCUCGAGUGCAUGCUAUGUGAUGAAACAGCAAAGCCCAAGGCUCUGCCACUGUCACUUCUAGAAGAAAUCACAAAUGGUUUCUCUUAUGAGCAGAAAAUUGGCAGGGGUGGGUUUGCGGUGGUUUAUAAGGGAAAGCUUGAGAAUAGGACUGUCGCUGUAAAGAGGAUGUCCGAUACGUAUAUGCAUGAGAAGGAGUUCCACCGGGAAGUUGAAUGUCUCAUGAUGGUAAAUCAAAAAAAUAUAGUACGGUUUCUAGGAUAUUGUGCUGACACACAAGGCAGUAUGGAAAGGUAUAAUGGAAAAUUCGUCAUGGCGGAUGUAAACCAAAGGUUGCUCUGCUUCGAGUAUCUUCCUAGAGGGAGUCUUCAUGAGUAUAUCACUGAUACAUCCCGCGGACUUCAGUGGAGAGAACGCUAUCAAAUUAUCACAGGAAUUUGUCAAGGGUUACAUUAUCUUCAUCAGAAAGAUAUUGUCCACUUCGAUCUAAAGCCCGCAAAUAUAUUGUUGGAUGAUAAUUUGGUACCAAAAAUUGCUGAUUUCGGUCUAUCAAGGUGCUUUGCUGAAAUGCAAAGCCGGGUUAUUACUUUGAUAGCUGGAACUUUCGGAUAUAUGGCACCAGAAUUCUGUGACCAUACUGAAAUCACAUAUCGGCAUUCGUAUCGGCUUGAUAUCUACAGUCUUGGUGUAAUAAUCAUAGAGAUACUCACAGGGAAGAGGGGGUAUCACGCUGUUGACAAUGUAGUUGAAAGUUGGAGUAACAAGUUGAAGAAAUCACAGCGUGAUGUACAACUGGAACAGGUACGAGUAUGUACUGAGAUAGGACUAGAGUGCACCGAUUUCAACCCAGCGAAGAGACCGGAUACAAAACAUAUAAUCAGUAGACUCGAUGAAACAGAAACUACGGAUGGAUAUAUUAAUACUGACGUGAUUACUUCACAGCAGGCCAAAGAUGCUCCGAAUGAAGUGCAUCAAGAUACACCGGGAGAGGCAAGCUCUGAUGGCAGAAGCAGCCGGCGGGUGUUGGAGUUGGAGUAUCUGGACGACGACGUGCUGCAGGACAUGCUCCAGGACCACGGCAAAUAAUCCACAAAGAACAAGAAGUAGAUUUUAAUAUACCCAGCAUGCAAGCAUUCCCGCGGGUUCAACGUAUGCAUUUCAUGCUAGUUACAUAUACAUCGCUCAGCACAUCAGGACUACCACGAGCCUCCACAUAGACAUUGCCUAGAAACAGAGUUAGUUUACAGUUUUGUAGCACCAACCGACUGUGGGUGCAACUUUUGUUGCUGUGAUGUGAAGCACUCAUGCUCUUUUUUCUCUCUUACCACGACCCCAAACUCAACUCAUGCUAACUCUUGUUGUUGUUGGCUGUACUGAUGGUACUGAAUGUUUCAAUAUUAAG